CAUUGGUUGAGCGCGAAAUUUCAAACGUAACAGGAACAGAGCCAGCAACAGGAAUUGUUAUUGUAGUUAAAGUGCUAAAAACAAUUCAAACUUUACACAGUAAUAUAAUCUCUGUUUAUCCAUAAGGUGAAUCUAUUAAUAGUGAGUCAAGUUUUAGCCCGGGCUGAGAUGGAUAUCGCUUCAUAUUUACGGUGUUUUGAAGAAAGUUUGGCCUCCUACAGCGGAGACGACCCGCUGGAUCCGUGGGACAGGUUUGUGGACUUCCUGGAGCAGAGGCAGCCAGCAGGGGGCAGCAGUGAGAUGUCCGUGGUGUUUAACGCGCUGGUCCAAAGAUUCCUCAACGUGGAUCAAUAUGCCAACGACGUCCGCUACGUCAACUACUGCAUCAGAUGUGCCAGUUACUGCGCGGACCCCGCCACCCUGUACGCUCACGUCUUCAGUCGCGGCGUAGGCAGCAGGACGGCGGCUCUGUACCUGGCCUGGGCUCGGCACUUUGAGCAGAAGGGAAUGAAGGAUCAGGCUGAUGCCGUUUACCUGAAGGCUCUGGAGAACCAGGCCCAGCCGGCGGACACGCUGCUCCACGAGUACAGGCAGUUCCAGAGCAGAACCAGAACCGAGCCUCCAGCGUCCGGAGCCCGAGUCCCUCUGCAGAACUCCCAGCUGACCAAUCAGAUGUCUCCCCAGAAAAAGGCCGCCGCUGAUUCUCCAUCCAAACUGCCUCUGAGAAGAACCGUCACGACCGUGUCCCGCCCCGAGACGUCGGGGACACAACCGUCCAGUCAGGAUGCCGCCGCCCCAACGGUCUCCGAGUACAGCGAGGAUGCGUUGGUCCACGACGGCGUCGAGUUCUGCUUCGAAGAGGUCCGGGCCGAGAAAUACUUCAGGAAGAUCCGGGAGAGGCAGGAGUGGGGGCGGAGUGAGAAGAUGCAGCGGCAGCUGUGGCAGCAGGAGCAGGAGGUGCAGAGGCUGCAGAGCAUGCUGCAGCAGGUCAACCAGAGCCUGCAGGCCUGUGGAGGAUCUCCCUGCACAACGCUGCAGGCCUCUGCUGCUCCCUUCAUCUUCUCCUCCUCCUCUCGUUCCCGUCGCUCCGUCGGUCGGGGGCUUCUCUCCGACCUCAGCCUGAUCAAGGAGGCUGCCGGUACCGGUUCUGGUUCUGAGGCGACCCGCCUUCUCCCCUUCCUGUCCGACUGCAGUGGCGCAGCAGAACCUCAGGCUCCCGGGUCAUCAGCCCAGAGGAACCCGGAAGCCCGUCGGCCCGGCGGGCUCGGCGCGGCGCCGCUGCAUUGCGGUCUGGUACCAGAACCUGAGGAGAAGCUUGAUGUGUCUCAGGGAGGAGCAGCCAACGUCUCCCACGUCACGCCCAACUCCUCUCUGGGCUUCGUCCAGGCCACGCCCUCCAGGGCGCUGCCGUCGCCCACCGUCAACACGCGGGAGGCCCUGGGCGUCAUCAUGAACAUGUUCCAGGCUCCGACCUUCCUGGACGACCCAUUCCAGGGAGCCUCCAUGCUGCACCCGGCUGCUGCUGAACCCGACCCGGACCUGGAGACCGGCGUGGUCCCGCUGGUACCGGAGCCGCCGGCCGCCGCCCCGUUCACCAUCUUCCAGGAUUUUGAAGACAAAGAGAACGGCAGCGCCGCGGUUCCGUUUGAGAGGUCCAAACCGGCCAGGGCUCUGACAGAACUCGGCAGGCCGAGAGCGGACAGACCCAACGAGACGCCGUCGGAGCUGAUCCCAGACGAGAGCACCAUGUGGGGCGCGCGCCACAACUCGCUGGCCGCCUGUCCCAACAGCACCACCGACUUCGCCCCGCUGGCCCAGUUCGUCUCCACACCGUUCACUCACAAAACGCCGUUCAGCGGUGGCUUCUUCCUGGCUGAAGAGAAUAACGGAGACGGCGGCGACGCUGACGAAAACGUCUUCAUCAGAUGGCAGACGAAUAAACUCAGCCCCAUCAUGGAGCAGAGUCCAGCCGAUGACGCGGCGUCGGAGGCGGCCGGCGCUCCGCUGCUGCCGUCCUCAGCGCGGCAGGGUACCAUCAUGGCCGACGGCUUCGGCUCCUCCUGCCUCAGCAUGACGCAGCCACCGCCGCCUGCCCUGCUCUCCUUCAGGGACCAGACGCUCUGCCCGGCCGAGGCCUCCGGGGCCGCCGGGUGGGAGGCCAGCCCUAUGCAGAACCCACUCAGACCUAGCAGAGAACCGUUUCAGAUCCUGGAGGACCCAGAGAGGCCCGGCAGCCCAGAACCAGACCAGAACCUGCUCGGUGACGUUCCCAUGAGCCCGCAGUGCGCCCCCACGGCAAGCCGGCUGGACAUCAGGAGUCCCGACUCCUCAGCGGAGCCGGACCUGGAUGCCUUCCUGAGUCCCUGCCGACCCAGUUCGGCCAGAACCCGGGAUGUCCCCAUGAGCCCGGCGGCGCCCGGCGGCCUCUGGCUGGUGUCCAACCCCUGGGACGCCGACCGGAUCUCGGACCUGCUGUCCCGGCUCCGCCCACCGCUGACCUCUCACCCCUGCUGCUACAGCUGGCCCUGCGCCGUCCCCAGCAUCGGCCCCAAGAACACCCUCAGCCUGGGAUCGUCGUCCCUCAGAGUGGACGCCGUCCUCGGACAGGGAGCCUUUGCCACGGUCUUCCAGGCCACCGACCCCGCGACCUCUGACAGGAUGGUGCUGAAGGUGCAGAAACCGGCCAAUCCCUGGGAGUUUUACAUCAACACCUGUCUGGACGCCCGCCUGCCUCCUUCUGUGCGCCACCUGUUGGGCAGCAUCCGCUCCGCUCACCUGUUCCUGGACGGCAGCAUCAUGCUGGGGGAGCUGCACAACUACGGCACCCUGCUGAACGCCGUUAACCUGUUCCGGGCGCAGAGCGUCAAGGUGAUGCCGCCGCCGCUCGUGCUUCACUUCGCCGUCUGCAUCCUGCACACCGUGGAGCAGCUGCACGCCGCGCACAUCAUCCACGCCGACAUCAAACCUGACAACUUCCUGCUGGGAGAGAGGUUCCUGGAGAACCGGUGCUUCGACGCUGACGGCGUGGACCACGGCCUCGUUCUCAUCGACCUGGGUCAGAGCAUCGACAUGGCGUUGUUCCCAGAAUGCACUGCGUUCACCGCCAGGUGUCUGACAUCCGGCUUCCAGUGCACUGAGAUGCUGAGUGGGAAACCCUGGAGCUACCAGACGGAUUACUUUGGGAUCGCGGGAACCGUCUACUGCCUGCUGUUUGGGACCUACAUGCAGGUCGUUAACGAGGGCGGCGUCUGGCAGACCAAUGGCAUCUUCAGACGGAAACCCCACGCCGACCUGUGGCUGGACUUCUUCCACACGCUGCUCAACGUGCCGGACUGCGGCGCUCUGCCCAGCCUGCAGGGCCUCCGCCGCCGCCUGGCCGCCGUCCUGCAGCAGCACUACAGGAGCAAGCUAGCUACGCUAAAGAGCCACCUGGUGGUGCAGCUGAUGGAGAACCACCGGGCCCGCAGGUGAUCCUGUGGAGAACCACUGGAUCACACAGACUGGUUUCAGUUAAUCACACCAUCUGUAAAUAUCUUCUUUUUUUUAUGGGCUUCAUUUUGCAGUGGUGUGAAAUUACUCUUAUGUUGUUGAUGACAAUAAAAUGUGUUGGAGUCUUGUUGA